CCUAUAUACAGGACGGGACGGAGAGCGCGGCCAGCGGUAGGAGCGCAUCGGGUCCUGUUUAUAUUUUAUACCCCGUUUAUCAGAACGGAAAAUAGAACUAUAGAGCCCGAUUGGGCCUACAGAUUUGUUUUAAACCAGCAUUUUGAUUGGAGUUCCGUUUGGCUCAUGCGAUUGAAGGGGCUCGAGGGCUCGUACCUUUCCCCCCUCCAAGGUUCCAGAGAGGCGCGUGGAAAAGCCCUGUGCACAGAUAGAAGGGGGGUCCUAGCGUAUGUACGUAGCCUAAAUGCAUACAUCCCCGGGUCUUCGACUGUGUGGUUUUAAAAACGGAAACGGUUUUGUUUAUUUCGUCGCCAAACGGCAAUGAGAUCGCGUUGCUGGUGAGCCAGUGCUUUGAUGAAUAAUUUACGGUCUUGUGGUCCGAAAGAGAGCGAACCACAGCCACAGCCGUUUGUAAACCUCUGACGACGUCGGAGAGGGCCCGGAUGGUGGACUAGAGAGAGCCGACAAACCGGGUCUUGAAACGGGACGAAGUAUUUUGACGUUUGUCGGUAAAUUCAUUAGGGGCGGUGAGAAGGGGUGAUGGUGUGUCGUUGGAGGAGAGAAGGAGCUUUGGGCACCUUGCGGAGGAUCCUAUACAAACUCUGUUUUCGGUUUAUUCUCAAACCCCGCCACAUAUAAACCACAACAAAAAAAUGAAAACUAAUAUCAAUCAACUCUAAAUUACUAUUUUCGACAUGCGCUCAUUAAAAUAGUCCAUCCAAGAAAUAAUAGAGUAGGUGUAUGUAAAGUUUAUUCAUUGUAAUGAAUAGUGAGUAGUCGCCAGUUGUUCUAAAGAUUCAUCCAAGUGUAGUGAUUUGAAUCAUUGUGAACUGAAAUGAAUAUUGCACAUUUGAUUUUCUAUAGGAGAAUAUUUAAAAAUCAUGCAAUACAGAAUUUUAAAAGGGCGUUUCUCUCGGCCUGUAUCUGCAUAUCUGGCGUCCGUUGAGGGUUAUGUUUUGGAGAGAACACAUACAGGCUUAUCCUAUGUGGACCAUUUUGACAAAUGUUUACUUAAAAAAACAACUUAUCUACCUCAAACCUCUGCCUGUUUUCCACAGAACACGACUGGAGAAACAAACAAAUGUUUACUAAAUGAAUACCUCUAAUACCACUAAUACCUCAUAAGUUCUUAGAAAGCGUAGCCUUGUUUAAAGCACCUCCGAUGGCUUCAUUCUCAGAGUCCGACCUGCAGACCUGUCCUCUCUGCAAGGAGCUCUGUGGCUCCUCCUCCGCUCCCAUCUCUUGCAACUCCUCCACUUCCUCCUCCUCCUCUCACUCGUCGUCCUCCUCCUCCCGGCGCCUCCAUGUCCUCCCCUGCCUGCACGCCUUCUGCAGGCAGUGUCUGGAGGGCAAGCGCAGUCAUGGGGACCCUCUCAAACUCAGCUGCCCCACCUGCAACCAGAAGGUCUCCAUCUCCGAGGCCGGAGUGGACUCUCUCCCUUCCUCCAACUUCCUCUUGAGUAACCUUCUGGACGUGGAGCAGCUCCAACUCGGCCAAAAUAAGAACGGUCACCGGGGGGACAGCGGGUGCUCCAUACCCAGAUUCCACCGCGCCCAUAGCGGGCUCCGCCCGAACCGUCUGGGAGGGCCCCAGUGCAGCUCCUGUGACGAGGGGAACCCGGCCAGCUUCCACUGUCAGGACUGCCAGGAGUACCUUUGUGAUAACUGCGUCCGAGCCCAUCAGAGGGUCCGCUUGACCAAAGACCACUUCAUCGAGAGGCUGGCAGAGAGCCAGCAUGCAAGCCGAGGCAAGGCCAGCCCCAUCGCAGGUGGAGGAAGGGGGGUAGGGUUGUCCCUGACCCAGCCCUUCCAGUCCAACUCCUCCCUGCUGCCUUUGUUCCAGGAUAGGAUGAGCUUCUGUCAGCACCAUGACAACAAGGUGUUUCUGUUUUUCUGUGAGACGUGCUCUGUGCCUGUCUGUAGGGAGUGUAGUGUGGGCAGACACAUGGGCCACAGCUUGGUCUAUCUACAGGACGCUGUCCAGGACUCCAGAGACAUCAUCAUCCAGCUACUGGCCGAUGCACAGCAAGGAAGACAGGCUGUACAGUUGAGUAUGGAGAAGGUCCAGGCCAUAGCAGAGCAGGUAGACAUCAAGGCCAAGGUGGUUCAGACAGAGGUGAAGAACAUGGUCCUCAGACACCUGAAAGCCCUGGAGGACAGAGAGAGUCAGCUACUCUGGAAGGUUGAGAAGAUCCACCAGCUGAAAGCCAAGUCCCUGUACCUACAGGUAGAGAAGCUGCAUCAGAACCUGACCAAGCUGGACAGCACCAUCGCAGCCGUCACUCAGGUGCUGGAUGAGGGUUGUCACCUGGACGUGCUGCUAGCCAGAGAGCGCAUGCUGACCCAGAUCCAGGAGCUCAAGUCUCUCAGAGGCCUGCUGCAGCCACAGGAGGACGAUCGUUUAUUGUUCACCCCUCCAGACCAGGCCCUGUACAUAGCCAUCCAGUCCAUGGGGUUGAUCAGUAGCGGAGCGUUCGCUCCCGUCACCAAAGCUCACGGAGAGGGCCUAAAGACCGCACUCUGUGGCAAGACCGCCUCCUUCACCGUAAUUGGCUACGACCACGACAGGGAGCCCUGCCUCUCGGGCGGUGACGCAGUGUCAGCGGUGGUGAUGGCAGCGGCGGAUGGUAACCUGUCGGCUGCGGAGGUGUGUGACAACCAGAACGGGUCGUACACGGUCAGCUACUUGCCCAAGACUGAGGGAGAAGAUUUGGUGUCAGUUCUGGUCUGUAACCAGCACAUCAUGGGCAGCCCCUUCAAGGUACUGGUGAAGUCUGGGCGACGCUACGGGGCUCUGGGUUCACCGGUGUCUGCGUUUGGCAGUGAGGGGGAGGGUGACGGUCAGCUGUGUCGUCCCUGGGGCAUCAGUGUGGAUAAAGAGGGAUAUGUGGUGGUGGCCGACCGCAGUAACAACCGCGUACAGAUCUUCAAGCCGUGCGGUGCCUUCCACCACAAGUUCGGCUCUCUGGGCUCUCGCCCCGGUCAGUUUGAUCGUCCAGCGGGCGUGGCGUGCGACAGCCAACAGCAGAUCAUCGUAACGGACAAAGACAACCACCGUGUGCAGGUGUUCACCUUUGACGGACAGUUUAUGCUCAAGUUCGGCGAGAAGGGCACCAAGAACGGUCAGUUCAACUACCCCUGGGAUGUGGCAGUGAACUCUGCGGGGAAGAUCUUGGUCUCUGACACCAGGAACCACCGCAUCCAGCUCUUUGGCCCUGAUGGCUCGUUCAUCAACAAGUACGGCUUUGAGGGCGCCCUGUGGAAACACUUUGACUCGCCGCGUGGCGUCGCCUUUAACCAUGAGGACCACCUGGUCGUCACCGACUUCAACAACCACCGUCUGCUGGUGAUUCGGCCAGAUUGCCAGUCUGCCCGGUUUCUGGGCUCCGAGGGUACCGCUAACGGGAAGUUCCUGCGUCCCCAGGGCAUAGCGGUGGACCAGGAGAACCGGAUCAUCGUUGCCGACUCGAGGAACCACCGGGUGCAGGUGUUCGAGCCCAACGGGAACUUCUUAUGCAAAUUUGGCACCCAUGGCAGUGGCUUCGGACAGAUGGACCGCCCCUCCGGCGUUGCAGUGACACCUGACGGAGUCAUCGUGGUCGUCGACUUCGGAAACAACCGCAUCCUCAAGUUCUGAUCACUUUUCGCUUUCUUUCUUUCUCUCGCUCUGUUUUCUCUCCGUUUCUCUGUUAGGGAGAGGAAAUUGAAGAGCGAGGAAAAGGAUUCAACAAACAGACACAAAGAGAGGACAGUUUAAAGAGAGAUAGUCAGAGCAGGUAGAAAUGCGUUAUUACAAAUUAAGGGAAAAUUAAUUUGUUUGUUUUGAAAUAAUUUUUUACUUUUAGGUUUUAGUUUGUGUAAUCAGAUUCCUGUGGUAUACUGUAUGACAAAGGGGACCACUAAGACAUUGAUAAUCAGUAGUGAAUUGCUCUCUCAACUCUCCUCACGUCGCCUUCUCAGGGAUUUUUCUCACUUUUUCUUGAAAUAUUGAAUCCUCUGCUCCACCACCUACCUCAUCUAGUUCUUAAUGAAUGUACUCACCCUCUCCGAGCAGAGGUAUACUCUAGUCUGUCAAGUUUUACAAAGAAGAAAAUAAAAAAAGUCUACCUCAAUACUUUUUUUAUUUAAAGAGGGACAUAAAAAUGAAAAGACAUUUUGACCUGAGCUGUAGUGGAGUCUAGUGUGUUUAGGGUAGCUUGUUCUGUAGAUCUUGGUUUAGCAUGUCCCCUCAUCUCUCCAUGUGUAGUGUCACUGCAGACUGACAAAAUAGAGGUAAGAACGGAGGGAUUUAUGUAAUGCCAAACCCGUUAGACUGACUCUGUGUUAGUUAGCUCAGGUCAGAGUACCAGAUGGACCAAAAGAAUCUCCUUUUAGCUUGACUGGUUUAUUGAUCGCAGCGGCGCCGGGAGUCUGACCUGGGACAGAUGCAGUUUGAUGAUUGGUUGAAAUCAUGAGCUAGUCGUUGUUGUUGUGGGGAGAUUCUCUUUUCUGUCCCAAAGUAUCCAAUUAUCAAUUGAACAUUGUUGAUUCCUUUUAGGCAUCAGCAAGCUGCUCUAUUAUGAGGAGAAAAAUAAUGAAAAUCAAUAUGAAAAAACAAACAGCAUUUGUGUACUCUCAAACGGAGGCCCCACCAAAGUAUUUUAGAAGUUUAUCAGGAAUUAUCAGGAUGUAUUGGUUGUUGAUUAUGAAUUCUGUCUGAGUGACAUCUCGUUGUGAAUGAUGCGGAAGGAUAACAAUGCCUCCAGAAAGCAGGCGUCUUGAUUGGCUCUCACUCCUGUGGACAGCCAAUCAGAGUGAUCCUGUGUGCUUGAAUUGUGGGGCACUGAUUGGCUCUUGGGGGCUAGGAUUUAAUCCAAUCCCCUUCUGACGUCACUGCCCCACCCUAGUUAUUGACGCCCAUUCUGAAAUGCUGGAGAGAGAGUGUUCCGGAACAUGUGCAUGCUGACCAGACCUCUAAAAGAUGGAGGUCUAGAGACCAGCUAGUGGAGUCAACCAAAGGUAGAAUUUCGAACCAACUGUGUGUUUGGCAUCGAAAGAACUACAAGUCCCAUUGAAGACAUUUUGUUGUUUAAUCAUUUAUGUUGGAGGUCUAAAAACGCUCACCAGCUGUCACCAAAAAGAUCCGUUCAAAGCACUGUCAAUGGGGAGAAGAAGAAUAUAAGGCCUACUUUUAGCUUUUUAAAAUGGAAGUACCUUUCAAGCCUACUUCCUGAGGAGAACGUUGUAGAAAGCUCUGAAAACAGACCAUAUCUCACAGCAACCAAAGAGUAUCUUUCCAGGCCACUUUCCAUCUCACACCCCUGAGAGGUUCAAUCUAGUUCCACUACCCAUGCUAACCGUGACACUGCUCCAUGUCUAGCAUCCCUUAUCUAGCAUUAGCUAAACCCAUUUAACCAUUGAGUGCAAACAGAUUCCUGAUUUAUCACCUGUGGAAGGGGUUGUAAAAGCUCCCUUUCUCUUGUGAAGUUAGCCACUUUAGCGUAGUCUAGCCUAGCGGUAUGGGUGUUUUUUUUAUUAGUGGGUUUCUGACCGAGCUUCUUACCUCAGAGGAAAGUGCAGGCCUGCACUUUAAAUCCUAAUUUACGUAAACUUUCACAUCCCUUCGUUUAUCUUAACUGUCAGAUACCUCAACAUUUUAUAUACUUUCAUAUUCCUCACAGUUACUCAUGUGUAACUCAGUUGUAAUGCAGCCUACCUUAACCAGUAACUGGCAACAGUACCUCAAUUCUCAGACCUCAUCAACAUACAAAUGUCAUUUUACAAAUCUACCUCAACACACCUUUUACCUAACUUUAAAUGCCGUGUGUGUGUGUGUGUGUGUGUGUGUGUGUGUGUGUGUGUUAUCUAUAUCAGUUGAAGUCGGAAGUUUACAUACACCUUAACCAAAUACAUUUAAACUCAGUUUUUCACAAUUCUUGACAUUUAAUCCUAGUACAAAUUCCCUGUCUUAGGUCAGUUAGGAUCACCACUUUAUCAUAAUAAUGUGAAAUGUCAGAAUAAUAGUAGAAAGAAUGAUUUACUUCAGCUUUUAUUUCUUAUCACAUUCCCAGUGGGUCAGAAGUUUACAUAUAUUUUACAUUUUAGUCAUUUAGCAGACGCUCUUAUCCAGAGCGACUUACAGACAAAACCAAGGAAAUGUGAAGAUUGCUCUUACUUUAAGAUACUAAAAAAAAAAAAUCCCGUACAUACACUCAAACGAAAAGGGAAAAAGGGAUCGGUGGCAGCUAGUAGACCGGCGACGAUGACCGCCGAGCGCCGCCCGAACAGGGAGAGGAGCCACCCUCGGCAGUAGUCGUGACAUCUGUAAACAAUUGUUGGAAAAAUGACUUGUGUCAUGCACAAAGUAGAUGUCCUAACCGACUUGCCAAAACUAUAGUUUGUUAACAAGACAUUUGUGGAGUGGUUGAAAAAUGUGUUUUAAUGACUCCAACCUAAGUGUAUGUUAACUUUCGACUUCAAGUGUGUGUGUGCAUAUUGGCCUACCUCUUCAAAUAUUUUGACUAGUAACUUCUAAAUAUCAAGUCUCUUAUACUGUAUGUAUACUUCAGUUUCCAGACCUUUUUAAGUUAGUCUUUAUUUUGUAUUUAAACAUACCUCAUAUUACUUUUACCUCAACUGACACUUUAAGUCAUGUAACAUUUACCUGUCACCUGUUGGACCAAAGAUCUUCAUCCUGGUGGCUCCUUUUCAUGUAAAAUUACAAGUUACAAAUGGCCGUCUCCACAUUGUGUCCAUGAGUGGUCUGUUCAGCAUUGUGGUGCAUUAUGCCUUUUAAUCAUAUGGAGAAACCAAAUAGUGAAGAUCAGAGCAUUGUGCCAAAAAAUAUAUUUGUGGGAGUUUGGUGUCAAAACGGAGUUGGCGUCGGGAUGACACUGUCAUAGACGGUGAAUGUCAUUGGACCAUUAUAUCAUAGAUAUUAGUGUUUAACGAAUCAAAGCAGCCAAGGACAGAUCCCUGUGCUUUGAUUGGAUGCACUUAUAUGGCCUGACACCCCCCCCCCCUUUUUGCAUCACCUCAGUAGAGCUGUAACCUGAUUGGCCAAUGGUGAGAAUGAUGGUGACGUCACUGUUGGCUAAUUUGAGGCCUUCAUCAUACCCCCCUUUAGACCUACAAGAAUUACCUCUAAUAUCAGCACAGUUUCUCCUCAGUAAGAACAUCUUAGAAAUGUGUACUUAAGAGUUAGCACAAUGUUGGUUGGUACUAACUUAUUUGAAAACUCACUCUUUGACAAUGCAAAAAAAUGUGGUGUGUGUAGGAACACAUUGCGUGAAUAAGAUGUUUAUUACGAGUUAAUAAGCCUGUUUGUUGCACGUUAAUAGACGGGAGACGUUAGCACAUUAGAGGCCCAGACCCUGCUGCUUAGAACCCACAGGCGUGUCACUGAUAUGAUCUGUCAAUGUGUUUCAGUAUUACUAUAUGAAAAAGUCUGCAAUCUUUUACAUUUUAAUAAAAAAAUGACAAAAUUCUAUCUUUAACAUUCUUAGGUUUUCACUCUUAAAGAGGAAAAACAUGUAUUUGAAACUUUUUGUUUUUGUUCCUUUUAAAAAAAAUGUAUUUGUUGCAUGCUUCCAUUUUUUAUUUUUUUUAAAGUGAAACAACGUCUCACAGAUAUAGGUGUUGUAAACUCGACGCGUUGGUAGCUGAAUCUGGGGAUGGUUUUAUCAUGAUCAUAUACCCACAGGUGUGUAUGUGUUAGGAGUGCGUUGGAUUGAUUUAACGUUUUGACCUUUGCGAUUGUAUUUCAUGUUCCCAAGAGGCUCUGCAGAGGCCAAUCGGUGCUUGGCCGGCCAUGUCUGGAAUCUGUAGCAGAGUGCAGUUUGUACAACAACUUUUAGAGCCGCACAGUUUAAUCAUUCCUAAACACACACACGAUGAUUUACACUGUAGACAUUUUGUUUUUGGCCUAGUAAUGACAACCUCAUACUCUCUAUCAAAAUAAGAUAGGUUUCUUCACAGGAUUAGCCGCGAAGCAUCAUUAGAAUCGCUUGAUUAAAAAAAAUCCCUCACAAAAAUAUCCAGGAAGUGUGGUGCUGAGCACGUGAUUGGUCUCCUGUACUCCUGUUGGGCAGGGUUUUAUUGGCCCCUAUGUUUCUGUCCACCAUUUUGUUUCUGGCAUCUCACGGCUUUAAGAGAACAGAAAAAGAAGAGAAAAGUUGGUAAAAGCGAAACUGCACCAGGUGGAAGGUGUGCAACAUGUUAAUGAUUGUAUCUUUUAAAGAAAAGUUAAAAUACAACAUUUUUAAAAGGAAGAAAAAAAAUAGAAACUCAGGUAGUUCUAUGGUAGUUCUAUGUCCCUGCGGGUGUCACAGUGAAAUGUUUACCCCCUAGUGAUGCGGGUGUCAGUGAAAUGUGUCCCCCAUAGUGAUAAUGUAGUGAACCUUUCUGUUAUGACCUCAGUACGAGUCUCAUUGGUCAUGUUCCAGGACCCUCUUUCUUUGCAGUUGGGUUGUGAAAAUGCUGAGAUUUCUGCGCGUGUGUGUGUGUGGUAAAGACGGGCUGGAACGCGACCAAUCUUUUCUGUGUCCGUUUUUGCAUAUUACACAUUAGCUCUCAAUCUCGAAAAUGGAAACAUUUAGCUUUUUGAAUGAUUUCCCUCAAAUGUAUUGUUUUAUGUUUAAUUUUCAGAUUUAAUUUUUGUUAAAUGUUCCAGUUGUUUGUUUGAUGAACACCAAAGGACAUACUCCAGACCACAUGACUCUCGGCGACCCUUUUGGAAUGUAUUUGUAUUAUUUUUUUUGUUUUUUUUAAGAAAAUGGUUUGCUGGGAGUGAUUCUCACUCACACUCUACUCAUUGCUAGCAGGAUCACAAAACAGAACUGAUACUGUACUACCAAUCAAUCUGUGUCUGGAGAAUUACAAUGGACGCCAUGUUACCCAAUGUUCCAUUCCAGUGAGAAUGCAAUUUAGAAUCUUACUGUCAUGGAGCCUUUGGUGACAAAAUGGCCUCUUCUUAGUCUGUUUAUCAACAGUCACUCUGUAGGCCUAUCUCGAAGGCUCUGUUCUGUCCUGUGUGCAGUAGGUAGUGUGUGAGAGUGUGUUUGUGUGCUGCAUCGUGUUGUUGUUGAACCCAAAUCCACUGAAUGUAUUCUCCUCUGUCGGCGAGGCAGGAGGACAGCAGGGACCAGCUGAGUUUAGAUGGGUGCUGCUGGUGUGCGUUUUGUGUUGGUGUACUACCACAUACACACUGAAAUUAUCUGUAAGGAGUGUGUAUGUGUGUAUGCACGUGUUUCCCCCUCCCAUCUCCUGUGGAAGUGCAGUUGUCAGGUCUUCAGUUUGAAAUAAAGAAGAGGAGACUAAUUUACCUGCCGUCUUCUGUUACCUUCCCUCGUCUGUUACCUUCCCUCGUCUGUUACCUUCCCUCGUCUGUUACCUUCCCUCGUCUGUUACCUUCCCUCGUCUGUUACCUUCCCUCGUCUGUUACCUUCCCUCGUCUGUUACCUUCCCUCGUCUGUUGCCUUCCCUCGUCUGUUACCUUCCCUCGUCUGUUGCCUUCCCUCGUCUGUUGCCUUCCCUCGUCUGUUGCCUUCCCUCGUCUGUUGCCUUCCCUCGUCUGUUGCCUUCCCUCGUCUGUUGCCUUCCCUCGUCUGUUGCCUUCCCUCGUCUGUUGCCUUCCCUCGUCUGUUGCCUUCCCUCGUCUGUUGCCUUCCCUCGUCUGUUGCCUUCCCUCGUCUGUUGCCUUCCCUCGUCUGUUGCCUUCCCUCGUCUGUUACCUGCUGCCUUCUGUGGACUUUACACAUUUCCUAUGCAGUUUAUUUGUUUACACUUAAAUAAACGUAUUUCUUUGA